GUUUCUAUCGAAAAUCCACCACAAAAAAACAACCAUGUCCAAGCUUGAAGUUGUCGUUGGCACACUGUCCGAUCUCAAGGACGGCGAGAUGAAAGAAGUCGCGGUCGGCGAAGGCAAGGCACUCCUGGUCAACCAGAAGGGCGUCUAUUCGGCCAUCGGACACGCGUGCUCGCACUAUGGCGCUCCGUUGAAGAACGGCGUUCUGCACAACGGCCAUGUUCGCUGCCCUUGGCACGGCGCUUGCUUCAAUGUCACGACAGGUGACAUUGAGGAUUUCCCUGGCCUGGAUGGUGUGAAGAAGUUUGAUGUUCGCAUCGAAGGCGAGAACGUCGUGCUCUCGACCACCGAAGAAGAGAUCAAGAGCGGAUCGAAGCGCACCCAUACCAUGUGCCCUCGCGACCAGGCAGACGCUCGCGUCGUUUUGAUUCUUGGCGGUGGCCCUGCUGGUGCUUCUGCUGUCGAGUCGCUGCGUCAGUCCGGCUUUGCGGGACGCAUCGUGCUGAUUAGCAAGGAGACCCACCUGCCGUACGACCGCACCAAGCUGAGCAAGACACCUGGCGUGGCUGCUGAUUCGAUUGCUCUGCGUAGCAAGGACUUUUAUGCCCAGCACGGCAUCGAGCUGCUGCUCGGCGUUUCCGUCACCGAAUUGGCCGCCGAUGCCAAGACUGCUACGCUCAGCGACGGCCAGGUUCUCAAGUACGACUUUGCCAUCGUUGCCACUGGCUCCUCCCCCCGCAUCCUCAAUGUGCCCGGCUCCACCUCCAAGGGUGUCCACGUCCUCCGCUCGCCCGAAGAUUCCGCCGCCUUUGCUGCGGACGCCGAGAACAAGAACGUCGUCAUUGUGGGCUCGUCGUUCAUUGGCAUGGAAGCUGCCGCCGCGAUUGCCAAGAAGGCCGCGUCCGUGACCGUCCUGGGCCUCGAGGCGCCCUUCUCCCGCGUGUUUGGCGAGAAGGUGGGCGCGGCCGUCGCCAAGCUGCACACUGACAACAACAUCAAGAUUGUCACCUCAGCCGCUGGCGUCAAGUCGAUCAACACUGGCGCCGACGGUGGCAUCACUGGCGUCGAGCUGGCCGAUGGCACUGUUCUCCCUGGCCAGGUUGUGCUGUUUGGCGUUGGCGUGCAACUCAACACACAGUUUGUCAAGGCUGGCGCUGGCGUCACUGUCAACCCGGAUGGCUCGAUUUCGGUCGACAAGUUCGGCCACGCUGGCAACGGUCUGUACGUGGCCGGAGAUGUUGCCCGCUUCCCGUACAAGUACAGCGCCAGCGGCUCGGCUGCAGUUCGCAUCGAGCAUUUCCAGGUUGCCGAGCGCCUCGGCAGCAUCGUCGGCAAGAACAUUGCUGGCAAGGCCACCGAGAUUGACACGGUGCCGUUCUUCUGGACGGCGCACUAUGGCAAGUCUGUUCGCUAUGCCGGCUACGCUGACAAGCCAGACGAAAUCAUCAUCCAUGGCGACCUCUCCGCCCCCAAGUUUGCCGCAUUCUACGUCAAGGACGGUGCGAUUGUGGCUGCCGCAAGUCUCGCCGCCGACCCCGUUGUUGCUCGCUUUGCCUCGCUCCUCAGCACCCAGCAGCUGCCGACCCCCGCCCAAGUCCGCGACCGUGCUGCUGGUGCCGAGUGGACGUUCACCUUCUAAACGAGGUUGUUUCGGUUUUUGGUUGUAGCUGCUCUUUCCUUGGUGUGUCCUGGCGUUUGAAAAGCCUGUCUCUCAAUUAUGCUUUUUUCGAUUUACUGUUGUCUACUUCUACAUCAUAGUUUCCAUGUGACGGACAGCUCGAUAAGUUGCGAUGAACCAGCCUAAAUGAGAAUGACUGGAAAAAAAAAUCAGUCCCU